GACAGUUUUGAGAACAGAUUUUGAUGUUAUGAAUUGUCACGUGGGAAAUGAAUAUUAUUAUUUAGACAUCUCUACAAUUAUACUUGAUUACAUUAAGUAGUUAUUUUAACGAGAGACAAGCUUUCUUCUUAGUCAGACAGAGUUUCGUAAUAUCCUGUAUUGAUGUCAUGUGCCGCAUUAUUACGAGCGAGCAUGUCUCAUUUUCAUACAGUUGUUUACUCGAAUUAUCACAUCAUCGCCUCGACUUGGAAUGCAUUAGCUACGCCUCCUGAUUCCAUAAGAAAUGAGUGACAUAUUUCCUCCUUAAGUAAUUCGUCUGGUCAGACUCAGACAAUGCUGCUCAAACCGUGGGAAUUUCCGACUUCACUGUGGAACACGUAAAUACCACAUACCUUUGUGAAAUGCGUGCUACUUCCACUAACAGAAUUGGACAUUGAACUUAUAACAACGCAGAUAAAACUAACCAAUAUGUAUUAUCAUACUCAAGUAAAAUUAUGCCAAGUUUGUUGAUCAAAGUUUGUUGAUCAAAGUUUGUUGAUCAAAGUUUGUUGAUCAAAGUUUUAUAAUUUUCCAGUCAAGAAAGAACACAUUGCAGGUACGUGGUAAAAUGUUAGAAGAUUUGGUAGUAUGUACAACCUACAACCUGCUAAAUAAACUUGGUAAUGCUAGACAACGUCAUAAAAUUGUAGAUUGGUGAGGCGUAGAUGUUUCUACCUUAACCUGAUAAGAAUCCGUGGUCAAGUCAAUGAAUUAAUUUAUACGACUACCUUGGCAACAAUUCUUUGUAAAUAUUUUUGUAAUAUAAAACUAUCCCCGUGGUCAUGUCGAGUCAGUGCAUUUCUUACCUUCGAUCACAAAUAAUCUUAAACACUUCCCCAUUUCCUUGAUAAUGACGCCAAUCGCAUAUCGCCCAACCAAGUUGAGGGGCAGUGUCAAAUUCAAUUUUCCUGACAUCACUCUUCCCUCCCUCGGUAUGCAGACCGUGGCAGGCCGGUUUCGUAGAGUACAACCUAAUCUGUCACGCUCAGAAGUAGAUCCAGCCAUUCUUAACGAGAUGGCAGUUAAAUACACCAGUUUUGCGAAGCUGCUAAGUUUCCAAGAUUCCCAUUUUAAACACUAUCCAAUCAAAACUAUGAUCCUCACCGCGGUACAAUUUGCCCUCUAUUGGAUGCCAGGAUUCCACGUGGCAUCACCCGAACUGGAUUUUGUGGCACGUCAAUUAAUUUGGAUCUGGUUUUUGGACGAUCCCAUGGAGGAGAUUUGGAAUCGUGGCGAAAAACUUGACAAGAAACCAAGCAUUGACGCCUUGCGAUUCGUAAAUGACACAUAUAUUAAGAUAUUUAGUGGUAAAAGUGUCCCUAAAGAAAUUCCUGGAUUGGAAGAAUUUCCCGAAUUUGGACCCAUGUGUGCUUGGGCGACGGAUCUAACAAUUCGAAGUAAACAGUGGGCAAGAAUCAGCUUCGCAGACGAGAUUGAAUAUAUCGUUGAAACUUUGCAAACUAUUUUUGACUGUUAUCAAUGGCACACGAUUAGCCGGGUGGACAAAAGGUACAAUCUAGCGACAUUCCAGUACUGGGGAGUCGUCAAUUCUGGGGGUAGUUGGACCCUGGAGAUGAUCGCGUUUGUCAUGGGGAUACGGCUAUCCUCAGAAAUCAGACGGCAUCCCGUCUUCCGUAAAAUGAUUAACAUCGCGUCAGGGAAUACCCAGUUGGUAAACGAUAUCUUAGGGAUGGGAAAAGAUUUUGGGAAUCAUAUCGAAGGUGACGUCGACAGCGAGCACGUUUUCCGUGUCCUUACUAAAGGAGAAAUAUUACAAGACGCGGUGAACUCCAUGUGCGACAAGAUUAGUCAAGACCUCGAGGACAUGAUCCUCAUUAAAGAAACACUAAUCGAUCUUUUCGGCGAGGAGGAGAAUCUUGUCAGAUUUCUCGACGUGAUUGACACGUUUAUCGAUGGGCAGAACGUGACUUAUGUGGAGAAUAUUCGGUACAAGUGUAAGCGAGGGUAUGUCAGCUUAUCGAGCGAAGACGAUGAAUAAGAUGUCUGUUUUACCAAUUGAUUGACCGGAAUUCCAUAUGAAUCCCUGAACUUGUCAUAUGAUUGUCACAUUUUUUAGGUUAAUAUUUCCUACCGAAUUCUGAUUAUUACUUAAAUAAAAAUUCCGAUUUAUACAAACAAUA